UCCCAACCACAUAUCCACAACACAACCAUGGCUCUUAAGCGCAUUAACAAGGAGCUCACUGACCUCGGCCGUGACCCUCCCUCUUCGUGCUCAGCUGGCCCCAUUGGGGAUGAUCUGUUCCACUGGCAAGCAACCAUCAUGGGUCCUAGCGACUCACCAUACUCGGGCGGCGUUUUCUUCCUAGCGAUUCACUUCCCUACCGACUACCCCUUCAAGCCCCCGAAGGUCAACUUCACCACCCGUAUCUACCACCCCAACAUCAACUCCAACGGCAGCAUCUGCUUGGACAUUCUGCGAGACCAGUGGAGCCCCGCUCUGACCAUCUCAAAAGUGCUCCUGAGUAUUUGCUCCAUGUUGACAGACCCCAACCCCGACGACCCGCUUGUCCCCGAGAUCGCACACGUCUACAAGACCGACCGAUCUCGAUAUGAGUCCACAGCGCGUGAGUGGACCCGAAAGUACGCCAUCUAGGGCAGUGGUGGACUGGAAUGAGUGGGAUAGUUUCUUUACGGUUCAGCAUCCGUCUUGUGGAAGGGCAAAUGAGGAUAUGGAGGACAUGAACGACAGUGUCGUAUGGCACGACGGAAUGAUGGAGUUUACAUAUUUGAUACGGCUUGCAUCAUGAAUAGGGCUUGCAAUCAGCACUUGUAACAGAACGGGCCCUUCUCACGCUC